AAAAUCUUUCAAUAAUUAAUAAACAUUCCAUUUAAAUAAAUCUUAUCCAAAAUACUUGAAGAGUCCAAUUAAAAUUAGCAAUAACAAUGAAAAAAUGGAUGCUGUUUUGGAUAUAGAAGAUCAAAUUCAACUGAAUAAUUUGUAUUUUAGUCAAAAAUCUUCAGAAGUUCGUGUUAAAGUUGUCACAAAGGAUUCUCAUGGCAGAACAGAAACAAAUGUAGAAAGAUUAAAAGUUCAGAAGCGUAACGUCAAACAAAUUUGCAUUACUUCUCCUUACGAAUCACAGCCUAUUGCAAACACGAUUUCUUUGUCAAUCGACGAUGUCAAAAGAGCAAAUUAUAAAGAAAGUAAAUGUUGGAGUGUUUUCAAUAUAAAAUUUCGUAGAGUUUUAGUUUAUGGGAAAGUUGUUGUGUUAAAUAUUUCUUCAAGAAAUGGAAAAACAAUGUACAGAUUUUCAAUUGAUGAUGGCUCUGAGGAGAUUAUUGGAACGAUGACUGUGACUAAGGAAGCAAAACAGAAUGUGUCUGCUUUUAGAAACCGAUUAAAUGUUCUAAACAAUCAGUUGAAUAGAGCAAAGGAGAUAGGGAUAAACUUGAAAGGCACAUUCCAUUCACCAGACUCGUCAGAAUGCCAAGAAAUUCUUCAAAACAUUUCAGAUCUCAAUUCAAUGACAUCGAGUAACAUUGAACACAUGAGAAAAGUUUAUCAACUCGGUCCAAUACAACAAAAAGCUUUGAUUCUGGCGACUUUAUAUAAAACCGAUGAGAAUAAUGUCCAGCUUAAUAUGCUAGACAUGUCUUUAAAUGAUCGAAUAGAACUUCUAUGGAAGCAACAAUUGAAUCGUCUGUACAGGAAAGAAUAUUUAAAUAAAUCAAAAGUCUGAUAAAA